AUGCCAGCGCCACUGCUGGCCGUCGAUCUGGUGCUCCGCCACCAGAAUGAUGGCGCUACUCUCGAGCAACUCGGAUGUCUCGUUGCAAACUACCUGGGUCCAAACAGGAACCUACGAUUGUGUGACGCCUGCAAGUUCGGAUCCACGACGCUGCUGGACUGGAUGUGGGAGUGCAGCGUCACCUCCGCUACUGAACGCUCUCCUUAUUGGUCACUGACCAAUUAUCUUCGGUCAGACCUCCACUACUACCAAUACCUGUUCUAUGACUCGACGCUAGUUGCUGCAGAGAGGGGGGAUUUACGAGUACUGGAGUGGUUGAUGGGGCACUUCUCGACUUGCCAAGUCCCGGUGUCGGUGGUAGAGAUCACAGCGAAAGAUGGUCGACUGGAUAUAUUACGGAGUCUACUGGAGCAAGACGCUGGUCGUGGAGGUGGCGAGGAAACGCCAAGCAGAAAAAAGAGAAAAGUGGAUACGGGAGGAGGAAGUAAAGCUAAGAGUCAACACACCGGAGGUAACGUGGUGCAGUUGGUAAACGCUGUGCACGAAAAGCACUAUGAUAUCGUUCGGUUUCUCUACGACAACACGCCUCGCGACGUGUAUUUGGACACGCUAAACUGGAUAGCCCAGUGUCUGCUAUACGAUGGCGAGAUGAAGCAAGCAGAGAUGCUGUUGCCCCCCCCCCCCCCCCGUAAACCAUACUUCCAGUCGCGCGUUAUGAUGAUAGCAGCGUUUUUGGGGGUCUUCGAGCAUGGAACAUUCUCAUCCAACCCUGAUGUUCUCGCGCGUGGCCUUGACGCUGGCAUAUUGGACGACUCAUCUCAAGCUGGGAGGGCUCUGAGGACGGUGGCACGAUUUGGACGCUUAGACCUCGUGAAGAAGUUCUGGAAGAAGCACGCGCAAGUCACGACAAAGGGUGAGUGGAUGGGAGAUUGGCUGGGUGCGAUGUCAACGGCGUGUGCGAGUGGAAAUCGGCCCAUUCUGCAGUGGAUGGUGGAGGAAGCAUCAGGUCAAGCGCUUAUCGCAUUCAUGGGGAAGUAUAUGUUGACCUCGUUAUUGUAUAACGCAGCAAAGGGAGGCCACCUCAACGCGCUGCAGUACCUUUACGAGCAAGGUUUGGCUACAGAAUUUGGGGUCGCUCUAUUGUGUGCAAUUCGUGGAGACAAAAUGGAUGUUGUAAAGUGGCUGGUGGCUCACUUUCCCCCGUCGGAGAAGAUCCCUGAAUGUUGCAUCCUAGUGGAAGCUGCAAGGCGUGGCCGUGUCAAAAUGCUGCAAUUUACCUGUUACGCAAGCUUCGCGCGCCGCCAAAACCUCGCUGCUUUUGAGGGCAUCAGCACUAAUUGA